CGGAAAACGAGCGUCACGUCGAGCGCCAUCCUUUUUGAGCGGGUUCAAGCAAAUUGGAAAUUUUUGCCUAGAAUCCCGAAUCGGAUGGAACAGCUCUUCCGCGAAAUCGUAUCCUCGCACCGCCUAGUUCUAGUAGAGCACAGUUCGAUAGUCCCAUCCUUCGGCGCGGCCUCCCAGCUGCUUCAGCUUCCUAUUGCCAAGAUCGGACACUUGACGGCGUCUGCGGAUUGGGCGGGGAGAAAACGACAUUGACCGAGAACUCGGCUACAAUGGACACCAAGAAAGUCGUCAAGCAGGAAGAUGGGGCGGUAGAGCCCAACGGCAUCGGUGGAGGGGCGCCGGGCAGUGGUACAACCUCCAGAAGCAGCUCCACUUUGCGGAGGAAAGUUAGUUCGAUCAAAAAAGAGGAAGCCGCCGGCGAUCUUGCAUCGGAGAAACAUGAAAAGAUCGACUUUAAGAACGUCGACAUGGAACUAUUCCUACAGAGCAUUGAAAAGCCUUGCCAGAUUUAUAGGUUUCUACGAACUAGAAAUAUGUUGCUGCCGAUCUUUCUUCAACGAAACCUAUCGUACAUGCAGAGUCGCAAUUCCAGAUCUCACCUAUCGCGCCGUAACUUCAAGAUUGACUCGAUGCUAGAGGAGAAGAUGAAACAGUUGCAUCUGGAAAAGGCCAGUGCGGUUGCCACGGGAACGGCCUCGGAAAAAUUGACGAUUAUGUUCCUCGGGCUGUUCGACGAUAGGCCCCAUCCGCAGUUAAACGGUAGCAGCAAUGGGUACGACAGCUGUGACAGCCUCGCUGACCACGAUUUAAACCCAAACGACCCAUUUCCGGUUCGUAAUUCUGGGCGACGUAGUGUGAUGUUGGAAGCCAAUUUAAUUAAAAUAUCGCCUCACAAGCGCAACGGCUGUUCGUCUCCUAACGUGAUGCAGAUUUCGUUAGGAACGUUCCGGGUGGCGAUAAACCACUCAAGAGCGGACUCUGACGAUUCCGAUGAAGGCGUCGAUGAUGAUGUCGAAACCAUCAACGAUGCUAAACGGCCAACGUUAACGAUACCGAUGGAGACGUUUAAUGAUGUACCAAACGAUGUAACGGCCCAGCGCACUACGUUUGUUCUGCUGUUCCGGGUCUCGCACACGAACAAGGUACCUGAUGGUGUUGCCGCCCGUAAUGGGUAUUGCAGUGAUAGCGAAGAACCGUCGGCCAAAAGGCAGAAACUGCAUGUGCACACGACGAUGUACGGAACCGAGCUGACGGUGUUCGACAAGCAUGGUCAAUGUCAGUUGUUGGAUGCCGAGUAUGAGCUAACGAUGCAGGACGUAUUGACGCCAGCAAAGGAAAGCAGAUGGAUCGACGCUGCCCCUUCUCCACCCGGUGAAGAGGCCAUGGAAUUUUCGACCAUGGAAGAUUACAGCAAUAACUCGAGAAACGAUGUUGAGAGAGAAGCUAGCAACAUGGCGACGUUGUUUGAAGGAUUUAUCGCACCUCCUAGGCUUAAGCUGCGAGUGCAAUGGACCAAAGAACCUUUGCUCGAACACCCGGAAAGCGUUAAUCCUGAUGCCGGUAACGAGAUGGUGGCGGAUUCUAACGGUGGUGAUGCUGUCAACGGAUCGAGUGAUAAGGAAAACUGCAAGCCUCUGGAACCAAUGACAUCGCCUUCAAAUACCGCGGCCGCCGCCUCUUUCAAGAGAGGACUAAACAUUAAUAUCAACAAUAACAGCAUCCUUACACCGGCCGCCGCCACCGGGCACCAGGAUGAAGUGGAACUUUUGAAGAAACCUGCCGCCACCCAAGGAUCAGGCGAAGAUAGCUCGGCACCGGUGGGAAAUCGGGCGAUUGGUAGCUCCGAGACUAGCCGCUGGAAGCACCUUGAUAUCGAUGCUUCAGCGAACAAUGUGAAGCACGUCGUUUACCAGUUUACCCAUACUAACUUCACAAGGCAACGCACGGAACAUACGCUAGUAUUCCGGUGUCCUUGGUGCAGCGUGAACUGUGGGGCACUGUACCCACUGUUGAAGCACUUAAAGCUGGUGCACGCCAGAUUUGGAUUUAACUACGUUCCUAUUCCCGAUGGUGCCCAGAUCGAUGUGACGAUAAACGAGCAGUUCGAUGGUUCGUACAAUGGGUCACCGCAUGAUUUGUUCUUUCCAGCAACAGCUUUCACUCAUCGCUGUGCACCGGAACGACGCACAGUCGUGACGAAUUUGCUCGUCUGUCGUCCUCGUCGGCAGAAACCGAGCCUCAUGGAGUUUGUGGAGUGUGAUGAGAAUGAAUUUGAUAGCCAGCGACCAUUUAUUACAGGCCACAAUAGGAUGUACCAUCAUACCAUGACCUGCCUUCCAGUGCACCCAAGGGAACUAGAUAACGAUUCAGAAUCGGAAAGCGACCCCUUAUGGUUGCAGCAUAAAACUAAGCAAAUGAUUGACGAGUUCACCGAUGUUAACGAAGGCGAAAAGGAGAUCAUGAAGAUGUGGAAUCUGCAUGUGAUGAAGUAUGGUUACGU